GAUUCUAAUCAAUUGGACGAAUAGUCAAGAUAAUGAAAUUGUCAAAGAGAUUGAAUCAAUCCUCUUCAAUGUUAACCAUUAUAAUAAUUUUAAAUAUUAUAAAUAUAAUGAAUCCUUUGCAUAUUAUACAAGAAAUCAAUUAAUCGAUAAUCAAUCAAUAAGUCAAGUGGUGAAUACACAUUCUAGUGAUGGACAGAAUCAUAUUAUCCAUAUGAAUGAUGGACACAGUCAAUUCAAUAACAUAAAUAAUUUGAAAGUGAGUAACUUUGAUACCUUUGAAUUGGCAUGUAUGAAGACUUUAAUUCUGCUAGAUUCUGGUCUAUUGAACAAUGAAUCAUAUACGAAAUCAUUUGAAAUGUUAAAAUGCACUAUUCACAUGGUACUUAUGAAACAUGUAAUCAAUAAAAUCAGUUGUCAAGAUAAUAAACAACAACAACAUCAUCCGCAAGGCGUGAUAACUACAAAUCACUGGAAACUUUUUUAUCGUAUAUCUCGAAGAAUUUUCAACUUUUAUCAGAUUUCAAAUGAAUUAUGCAGAAUUCAUGGAUUUCGAAAAGUUGAUUCAAAAAGUUAAUUGAGCACUUAACAGA